UCUGAGGAGGAAAGCCCACCCUAAGCCAGGGAGGUGGACAGAGCUUCAGCCAGAGCUCAGAGCUGGUGAUCCCUGAGCAGCUCCAUGAUAGGGAGAAGCCCCACAAGUGCUUGAAGUGUGGGAAGAGCUUCAGCUGUACGUCCCGCCUGCUCCACCACCAGAUGAUCCACACUGGGGAGAAGCCCUACGAGUGUCCUGAGUGUGGAAAGGGCUUCAGAGACAGCCCCCAGCUCACCAUCCACCAUCGCAUCCACACCGGGGAGCGGCCCUGUGAGUGCUGGGAAUGUGGCUAGAACUUCCUCCAGAGCCCCCACCUGACCUCCCACCAGAAGAUCCACACUGGGGAGAGGCCCUACGAGUGUUCCGAGUGUGGGAAAUCGUUUCAGACCAGCUCCCUUCUCCUUACACAGCAGCGGAUUCACGCUGAGGAGAGGCCCUUCCGCUGCCCCAACUGCAGGAAGGGCAUCAAGCACAACUCCCACCUCACCAGGCACCGGCGCAUCCACACCGGGGAGAGGCCCUACAAGUGCCCUGAGUGUGGGAAGAGGUUCAGGACCAGCUCAGUCUUGAAUCAACACCAGUGGAGACACCGCUAAGGGAAGCCCUGCAAGUGCCCCAGCUACAGGAGGAGCUUCAUGCACUGCUCCAACUUCCUCUCCCAUCAGAGAACCCUCAUUGCAGAGAGCCCUGAUGACCCACAUUCCCAAUAAUCCAAGUUGGGAAGACA